GCGCCGGCGCACGCGCGGAGGCCCGGCGGCGGCCAUGGCGUCGGGGUGCCGGAUCGGGCCGUCCAUCCUCAACAGCGACCUGGCGGCGCUGGGCGCCGAGUGCAGCCGCAUGCUGGACUGCGGGGCUGAUUACCUGCACCUGGAUGUAAUGGACGGGCACUUCGUGCCGAACAUCACCUUCGGGCACCCCGUGGUGGAGAGCCUGCGCAAGCGGCUGGGCCGGGAGCCCUUCUUCGACGUGCACAUGAUGGUGGCCCGGCCCGAGCAGUGGGUGCAGCCCAUGGCCGUGGCUGGCGCCAACCAGUACACCUUCCACCUGGAGGCCACCGACGGCCCCGGCGCGCUCAUUAAGGACAUCCGCGAGAACGGCAUGAAGGUGGGGCUGGCCAUCAAACCCGGCACCGCGGUGGAGCAGCUGGCGCCGUUGGCCAACCAGAUCGACGUGGCCCUGGUGAUGACGGUGGAGCCGGGCUUCGGAGGGCAGAAGUUCAUGGAAGACAUGAUGCCGAAGGUGCAGUGGCUGAGGACGCAGUUCCCGUCGCUGGACAUCGAGGUGGACGGAGGAGUCGGGCCUGACACCAUCCACAAGUGUGCCGAGGCGGGUGCAAAUAUGAUUGUGUCUGGCAGUGCCAUUAUGAAGAGCGCAGAUCCGAGAUCUGUGAUCAAUCUGCUAAGGAAUGUGUGUUCAGAAGCUGCUCAGAAGCGGUGUCUGGAUCGGUGAGACCUACCCGAGCAGUGCUCCAGAAGGCUCUGGGCGCACAGGAAAACCCUUGUUUCUCAUGCUAAGGGAGGGCUGGAUGAACAUUAAUCAUGGAAACUUGUUGCUGCUGAACAGAGGAAUCAUUCCUUCGCUGCAAUGAAGCAAGCAGCAGUGAAAAACUGUCUGGCUGUCUUUCAGGGUUGGAAAUGCAAUGGUUUGAACCUGUUUCUUGAUUCUGUGGAGGCUAAUUGUGUGGCACAAUUUGUAAUGCUGGCUGAACUGCAGUUCAGUCAAUCUUUGCUUGCUAGAAGAGUGUAGCACCGCCACGGGCCGCUACCUUGUGGGAGACUAAUGAACCUGCCUUUCGCUGUCUGUGUUUGUCAUUUGGUCUGUGCGUUCCUGCAAAACUUUUCCACUGUCUGCAUUAAACACACUUCUGCUGUG